AUGGCCAUAAAUUCCUCUGUUUCCAUUGAAAACUUUUGCCAAACUGAUGAAGGCUUAGCCAUUGAAAAUGAUAUAGAGGGAGAUGUGAAUGAGAUUGAAGGCAAUGAAAGUGGUGAUGACUUAGACUUUAAAAAUAAUUUUUCUGAAAGUGAUGAUGAUGCUAUUAAUGAAGUGAAUGAAGAACCAAGUUCAUCAAUUCCACUUGACAUUUUUGAUCUUAAAAAUUGGGAGAAUUUAGAUCCCAAGUGGAAGGAUCAAUUAGUGGAAAAGGGUCCUAUAAGAGAUGUAUUAACAGGGAAAGGUCCCAAAGACAGAUCAAAUAGACGAUUCUCUUCAGAUUUCUAUACUCGGAUUUUGCCAAAUGGUCAAAAACACCAUAGAGAUUGGUUGGUCUAUUCAAAAGCACUUGAUAAAGCAUUUUGUUUUUGUUGCAAGUUGUUCAAAAGGGGGCCUCAACCAAGUCAACUAGCAAAUGAGGGAUACUGCGAUUGGGGACAUCUUAGUAGUAGACUUAAGGAACAUGAGACAAGUAUUGAGCAUAUCAAUUAUUAUGCUAAUUGGUCUGAGUUGCGUAUCAGGUUAAUGAAGGGUACAACAAUUGAUCAUGCUAUUCAAGAUCAAAUCAAGAAGGCAAAAGAGCAUUGGAGGAAGGUAUUACACCGAUUAAUUUCACUUGUGAAAUUUUUGGCUAAACAAAAUAUAGCAUUUCGUGGUAGUAAUAAGAAACUUUAUGAUGAUAACAAUGGAAAUUUUAUGGCUGCUGUUGAGAUGAUUGCUGAGUGGGACUCAGUGAUGAAGGAGCAUAUUGAAAGAAAUACACAUCAUCAUUAUCUUAGCCACAAAAUUCAGAAUGAAUUGAUAUGCUUGUUAGCUUCUCAAAUAAAGAGUUCUAUUCUUGAAAACAUUAAAAAAGCUAAGUUCUUUUCUGUAAUACUUGAUUGCACUCCUGAUGUUAGUAACUAA